AAAAAAAAUACACACAAAAUCAUCUGACCUACAAACCUUAUUGUUCCACAUCUAAACAUUGAAAUCCCAGAAAAAUAGGCAAAUAUGGAGGGAACACUAUUUUCCCCUGCUUUGGAAGGAAUGAAGCAUGUCAAGUCUGAACAUGGGGAGCUGAUGACAAAGCCUUUCUUGGAAGUUUGCAAACUUGUAUUGCCAAUUCUAGAUAAAUUUGGAGCUGCUAUGACUGUGGUUAAAUCUGACAUCAACGGAAAUAUAUCUAGGUUAGAAUCCAAGUAUAACGAUAACCCAACCAGAUUCAACUACUUGUACAGUUUUGUACAGGCAGAAGUUGAGAUAAAGACUGCUAAAUCUUCAUCCAGCUGUACCAACGGUCUGCUAUGGUUAACAAGAGCCAUGGAUUUCAUAGUGGUGCUAUUUCACAAUUUAGCUCAGCAUCAAGAUUGGUCAAUGUCCCAAGCUUGCAAUGAUUCUUACUCCAAGACGUUGAAGAAAUGGCACGGAUGGCUUGCUAGUUCAAGCUUUACGGUUGCAAUAAAGCUUGCUCCAGAAAGGAAAAAGUUCAUGGAGGUAAUAGGUGGCACCGGUGACAUCAAUGGUGAUAUGGAAAAGUUCUGUACGACGUUUUCACCCAUACUUCAGCAGAUCCAUAAAUUCCUGGCUAGUGUUGGCUUGGACAGUAUGAAAGCUUCAUGAUCAACUUCUUCCCUUGAUGACUACUUCUCCAGUUUCAGCAUUGUUAUAUUUCUCCCAAAUUGUCACCACAUCUAUUGCUUUUAUUGUCAGUUCGCUCCGCUACAGUUCUAUAAUAAUUUUUCUGGCCGCAUCUUAUAUUA